GAGCGCGAAUAAGAUCCUUUAACAGUAGGCGAGAUACCGGGAAUAAAAAAAAUGUAUAAAUAGCAAGAAAAAAAGAACAAAAGAUUUACAAAUAACAGAAACGUGGUCUUGGUUGCGUGAUGAAACACGAUAAAACCUGGAAGAGAUCGUAUAUGGUGUAGGAGCUGUGAAUGACGAAUAUCGACAUACGCAUUAGUUGUUCUCUAUUAUAGAGACUAUUGGCAUUAUUGUGCGAAUGAUUUUAAUGACUGACGACAAUGAUGACAAUAAAGACGAUGAGAAUGCGCCUGUAAAGAUCUAGGAUUAAGGAAACUAGAGUUGCUUUUAGAGUUGUGUUCUUGGUUAAAAAAAAAAAACUUUGAAUGUGGUUAUCUAGUUCUUUAUGUAAAAUUGUCAGUUAUUAAGGUUUAUUUCGUAAUGAAACUCUUUCAGAGUUGUGAGGAACAUUUUAUACGAUCUUGUCUGCCAGGUGGCAGCGUGCGCUGAAACGUGCUCUCCAGUGCUCACGCGGCCAAUGUUCCUUUGAGAGGUUAUGUUCUCUGUCAUGAAUGUGAAACUUACAUGUAAAAAAACACAUGUUUACUGUUCAUUACAUUCGUAUUUCCUAUUUGUGCAAUAACUUAUCGAAUCGUGAUCAUCCAAUUUUCCAAGAUGAUAGAGAACAGCCUUACAUAUUUGUAUUUGUCAUUUGUGACCUUAAUAAUAAGUAAUUGAAUGUGUAACAGGAGGAGAACGUUGAAUUUUUUUCUUUUGCAAUGGCAAAGUGUGACUUUAGAACAGUACAGUUUUAUUUAAAUACUUAUCAUACUACUCAAGUAAUUUUACCAACGAAAGCAUAGUGAAUAGAAAACAAAUUAAUGUUAUGUGGUGUACACCGAUGCAAACAAUUGUGCCGUAUCUUUGUUACGUGAGACAUUUUAAGAAAUUUGUGCCCCGUGGGGAUCGCGGUGGCAUAGGACCUCCUACAUUAGAAUCAUUGUGUGUUUAAAUUUGGAGAACUUCACAUCUUAAAAUUAUCACUGCAAAAUGACUGAGAUCAAUAUUCAAGAUGUGCAGAAACUGCUUGUAUAUUUUUCCAAGAAUACAUAUAAAGCUAAGGAUGCAGACAGCACGAGUCAAGCAAUUAUGCAGCGAUGUCUCUUACUCACUGAAUUGGACUAUACUCACUCAGUGAUAAAUAACAAUGCAGGCGAUCUUAGUGCACAUUACCCCAGCCAUUUAAUUAUUCUUGAAUAUGAAAAGUACAGAAAUCCUAAUAUGUGUGAUACACCACCACCACUGCCACGUACUACUGAAACAAUUUACGAAAGCAUGUAUGAUCCCAAUAAGCUGAAGGAGCUUAUCAAGAGUGCCAGGUUUGCAAGGUGUCGUUCAAGGUUUCCACUCCCUGUUAUACUCUACAAAGGUAGACAUAUUUGUCGAUCAGCAACCUUAUCCGGUGGCCCUGAGAUCUAUGGAAGAUCAGGUCUGGACUACUUAUUCGCGGGUAGUGAAGCUGCAGCCGUGGUACAACAACAAGUGGAUGAAGCUCGUGGAGGAGAUUCCAUGAUCAGUGAUUGGCAGCUCUUUGAUAAAGUUCGAAAUCAGGAUAUCAAGUUACUCAAAACACUCAAUGUAGGAACCAUAAUCGAUUUCAUGGUAGAAAAGAAGAAAGUCAAAUUCGGAAUGAACGUGACUUCUUCGGAGAAGGUAGACAAAGAGAAGAGGUACUCCGACUUCACCAUUGUUUCACUGCCAUACCCAGGAUGUGAGUUCUUCAAGGAAUUCCGCGAGAAUGACUAUCUAGCCAAGGGACUGGUGUUCGACUGGUCUCAGACUCACGUGGAUGCCCAAAUCGGUGUUCCAGAGGACUCGAUUUCUGCCCAGUUGCGUAUCAACUGGGACCAAUACCAAGUCUGGGACCUAGUUAAGCUCACUCAGAACUACCUGAAACUUAUACUACGAUACCUGAACGAUAGUAGUAGCGGAAUGCUGAUUCACUGCAUCUCUGGAUGGGACCGCACGCCAUUGUUCGUUUCGUUAUUGAGAAUUAGUCUGUGGGCUGACGGAGCCGUCCACACGUCUCUGAAUGCCUUCCAGAUGCUCUACUUCACUAUAGCCUACGAUUGGAUGCUGUUUGGACAUGAUCUAGAGGAUCGACUCAGUAAAGGAGAAGAGAUAUUUUUCUUCUGCUUUUACUUCUUAAAACACAUUCAUGACGAGGAGUUCAGUGUUCAUUCGCGUUUGAAUAGAACACGACAUGCAGUGUUGCGAAACAAUAGUGAUUCCCAGUUGGAUAAUGUUAUGUUCGAUAGCGAAUCAGUUGUCACCCUGAGCUCUGUCAGCUCAAAUUUGAGCCUUAAUAGCUGGUGCAGUUCAGUCAGUCAAAAUAGUCGUGACAGUCAAGAUAACAAUCCUCCAGCAGUGUUCCAUUGUGCUUCCACAGAGAUUCAAGAGGAUUGUCAUAGUAAUGGGAAUGUUGUGCCAUGGACAUUUUAUCCAUCUCCAAAUAAAGAAACGGGAGCACAUGGUUCACGAUCCCCACUGCCACCAAAUCGUACUUCACCCGUUGCUGUUCCCGUGCCAACUCGUCUACGACAAAGAAAUGAAUCUUCAUCUUCUGGAGGUUCCUGGCAAAUGAUAUCCGGAACCGGUAGCUUACGUGGUUCCACUACUGCUAACGCACCUAUCACCGAUGUAGUCGCUUCCGGUAGCGCGGCUUGUAAACCUCUGUGUGAGACGUGUACCGGACACGCUUCACAAGAAUCGAGUACGACGAUAAUCGAAGAUGAUACGAGUUCAGCAUUGGCACAGUCCAGGAAAGAUCGGUUACAGUGUCUACGUAGAUUGUUUUAUAAUGCUUAUAGCCAUACGGUUGGAUUCCGCAUGAAGGACCAUUCAGAAUCAAGCGGAUUUGGUCAGCUUCUUGGUAAUUUUGCUGAGAAAGUAGGUAUUCUUUCUGUUCAGCGCACAUCCUUGUGACGGAAACGUCACGGCUCAGCUUCUCCCCGAAUCAUGAAUUUGUUGUUAUUGAUUCAAUGACUCAACUGCGUAUUUUAUAAAUCGAUUCAUUAAACGCGAAACGAAACGAUUGUACAUUAUUGUUCGUGUGGAUGAUGUAUUGUUAUACAGACGCGUCGCGUGCGUGCAUAACGUAAUAAACUUGAUAUUUUUGUAAAAGCUUUAAAGAAAAUCUUCCUUGAGCCUUUUGAAGCUCGAUGCUCACUUGGUGGCGUAUGAACUUUGUAUGGAGGAAGAACAUGAGGUUUUAAAUAUCGAAAGAUUUAUUUUGAAGUAACAAUAGGGUUAUACAUGUAAUAUAUACAAAUAUGUUAUGA